AUGGCGGCCCCGCGGUCGAAGAACCCGUCCACCAUGCGGGAGAAGCCCGGGUCGUCGUCCCGGUCCACGGCCUGGCUGUAGCGGCGGGCCGCCGCGCCUGCGCAGUGGCGGGAGGCAGCCGCGCCUGCGCAGUAGCGCCAUGCCCGGGCCGGGCCCCGGCCGGAGCCGGGCGCGCGGGUCCAGGAUGUCUGAGCGUCCAAAGAUCCACGUCUUCCUGGGAGCUCCUCCUCCGUCCUCCGUCCCAGACGUCCUACCUGAGGACGGGGAGGAGGGACACGUCCCCCCCCCGUCCACCUGGAGACACCUGGAGCUCACCUGGAGGGAGGGACGUCUGCAGCCUGCAGCAGAUGUUACAGAUGAAGAUGAAGUUGGAUCAUCUAAGAUUAAAGACCCUGGUUCUGAUGAAGAGGAGGAUCAGUGUCCCGCUUCAGUCCAGGAGUAUCUGGACAGCUGCUUCCCUGCAGCCCAACCAGGACCUGGUCCUGGUUCUGGUCCUGGUCCUGGUCCAGGUCCCCAUCUCUCCCCCAGGACCGACUUCCUGUGUACGUGGACUCUGAGCCAGUCCCUGGUCCUGAAGGGGAGGCAGAGCAGCGUCCAAUCAGAGUCCAGCCCUGAGGAGGCCCCGCCCCCUCGGAAACAGGAGGCCCCGCCUCCUCAGGACCACGAGGCCCCGCCCCCUCAGAGCCAGGAGGCCCCGCCCACUUCCUCCUCCAGCAGCCUGGAGCUGUUCAGCCCCGAGGCCCCGCCCCCGUCUCCGGGGGAACCGGGAGGCUCCGCCCCCAGGGCUGAGAGGGGGGGCGUGGUGCUGGAGGCCACCGCCCACGGUCUGGUGCUGUCCCAGGAGUCCAGGUCCAGGACCAGGUCCAGGUCCAGGACCCCAGACCCCCCCAGCAGCAAGAGGGCCCGGGUCUCCCAGGAAUCCAGCUCCACCAGGAAGAUUGUGACCGGAGCGAUCGGCCAGGUCCAGAGUAUGACCCCCCUCCUGGACUGGUGGGACCCUGAAGGCCCCCCCAGGGUGCAGGUCCAGAGGAGGACCCCCCUCCUGGACCAGUGUGUCCGUCCAGGCCAGCGCUACUCGGUCCUGGUGGUGCUGGUCCACCCCUGCCACCUGAAGGAGAUCCAGGUGAGGUCUGGGGGGGCGGCCGGGACCCGGGUCCCCCUGGCCUCCAUCGUGGUGACGGACCAGUCCGGACUGGACAGGAAGGUGGUUCUGUGGAGACGGGCGGCUUUCUGGACCCUGACCCUCAGUCCUGGAGACCUGCUGCUGAUCUCAGGUCUCCAGGUGAAGGAGGACCGGUUCAGGGGGGAGACGGUGCUCCAGUCCACCUUCAGCAGUCGGCUGCUCCAUCUGGGCCACGCCUCCGCCCCCCCGGCAGGUACAGGUAACCAGCAGGUGGACUCUCGCUCGCUCAGCUCCCUCGUCUCCUUCGUGCGGGGGCGACGCCCCCUGCUGGUGUCCCUGCCCCGCCCGCCCCCCCAGGACCUGAACCGCCUCCCCUACGGCACCCUGGGGUGCCUGAGGGCCAACACCCUGGUGCACGUGCUGCUGCGGGUCACGCACACGCACACCUGCUCAGACUGGCGCAGCGAGGCGGUCUCCACCAACCGCUCAGCCGUCCAGCAGAAGGUGGUGGUGACGGUGCAGCAGAAAGACGGACAGCAGGACGGACAGCAGGGGGCGCUGGUGCUGUGGGGGGGAGCGGUGGAAUGGAGGGACCGGCUGGAGGCCGACAGAGCUGCUGUGUGGGACUUCCGUUUCCUGCUGGUGAGGGAGGGUUUGACCUCUGACCUCCUGGAGCUGCACUCCACGCCCUGGAGCUCCGUCAGGAGGCUGGACCCGGGAGACCCGCGGGCCCGGGACCUCCAGAGACCGGCCUGGACCCGGGGGGCCGGAGGGGGGACCGGCCCAGGGGGGACCGGUCCCCUGGAGCUGGACCUGGACACGCUGCUGUCCCAGAAAUACAGCGGUGAGGUGGAGCUGAGCGUCCAGGUCCUCUCCUUCCACUUCCUGCCGUCCCAGAAUGCACCUGUGCAGGUUCUGGACGGCUCCACCCCUCUGGAGGCCGUGGAGGCGGAGCUUGGUGGUGACAUCACCUUCUCCGGCUGCGGCCGCUGCAGCGCCGAGCUCGGUACCGACGCUAACGGCAUCUACACGCCCUGCUACCCCUGCCUGCCGCUCACCGCCGUACGCCGCUACUACAGACCAGGUGUGCUGCUCCUGAGUGGGCGGGGCUCCGGUUCUGGUUCUGGUUCUGGCUCCGGUCAGCUGCAGGUUCAGGUUCCUCCUGUUUCCAUGGAGAAGAUUCUGGAUGUUCCUCCGGACCGACUGCAGAAGAACUCAGGUCCGGGCUCGGCCCUGAAGAACCUCCAUGUGGCUUCGUCCCGGAUCCAGACUCUGGUCUCCGUCCCCAGGAAAACCUUCCCCGUCGUCCUGAGGAGCCACUUCCUGUGUGACGAGAACAGCGUGGCCGUCAGUCAGGAGUUCACCCUGCUGGACCUGAGGGUGUCCUGAGGCCCCGCCCC